AUGUCAGGCUACAUUCUAACUGCUGGUGGAUGUUUGUAUCCAACAGCGCCGUGUGGGUCAUGGACUUGCGGUGUGCGGAGGGCCUGUGUCUGGAGGGUCAACCCUCACCGUGGCCCGGAGGCUCCGUGCUGCUUACGAGGAGAGAAUUUAUCAUUGAAGAGAACGGUCGAGGAAAUUAACUACCAGCUAGACUAUGUGGAGGUCCGCUUCCACGAGCAGUCGGCCGCCCUCGAGGAGCUGGAGAAGGAGCACCGCCUGCUGCAGGAGAGUCACAAGACAACCCUGCUCGCCCUCGCGGACCUCAUGGCACGGCACGACGACCUGGUGCGGCUUCACGAGGAGGAGGUGCGGCGCAGCGCUCGCCUCGUCGCGUGCGUGCAGAGGAUGCAGCAUGACAGCUCCUACAUCAGCUCUUCAGCUUCAACCUCAUCGAGGACCACACUGGAGUUAUCAUCAGAAGGGGAUUGA